ACAAAAAAUAUUUUUAAUAUAUUUUUUUUCCUAAUUUAAUUUCAAUUAGUUUUUUUAAUUUUUUGAAUUUCGGGUCUUCAAAAAUAUGGUCGAGCCAGCUUUACAACCCUGGGAACGCAUUGCCUGGACGCCGGAACAGGAGCAGGUAAUAUAUCGUGAUUGGGGCCUGUUCUAUACGCAUAAACAACAAUUGGACAAGGCAGUACAUUAUUACAACAAGUCGCUCGAUCUGCAAGCUGAUGAUCCCAAGGCUUUGUAUUUUCGAAGUCGUUGCAAGCGCAACAUUGCCCAAACCGAGGGAGCAUUGGAUGAUGGAAGGGCGGCGUCGGCUCUCGAUGAUUAUAAUGCCCCCUUAAACUUGGAGAUCUGCGAUGCGCUAUAUGAACUAAAUCAAUUUGAAAAUUGCAAAGUGGAAUUGCACGAUAAUACCCGGAAGUAUUGCAAUAAAAAAGUUACGGCAUUUCUAAACCGACUGGUUGUGGUCGAUGAGAACUUCAAAGAUACCCUUGGCGACACAUUGGGUCCUUUUAUAAUAAAAAAUGGCAAACAUUUCGAUGAUGUCCUGGAGGCUUUCAAACGUUCACAGCAUGUCGAUACUCGGCCCCUAUGGAAACGCCUCAAAGAAGAUGACAAAUGUGAUGUCCUGAGUAUAUUGGAAAAGGAGGAAAUUUUACUGUCACCCCGCGAACUGGCGCGUCGUCAUCGCGCCUUCAAAGUUUUCAAUCAAAUCUAUUUCAAUAAAAGUUGGAUUGAUGUCUUAUUUUUGAAGCAGCUGCGCGAGAACAAAAAUCUCCUCUGGGCCCAGUCGAAAGUCUCAACGCCAUUCCUGCGUGAUCUUUGCAACACGAAAUACGAUGUGUUGAGGAAAUUCUUGAAAAUGUUACAGGCUCGUAGUCCUCUCUACACGGAACAGUGGCGAAAGUGUCCCAAUAAACGUAUUGGGGCAAAGCGAAAAGAGGAACAUUUAAAUCGGGUGCAAUAUCAAACGCGUCGAACAAUGUUCUCUCAGUUGAGAGCAAUUCGCCGGCUGCGAGAGGAGGGUGAUAUUGAUAAACUCUCCAAAUAUGUGGAGGAAGUAAUGGGAGAUUAUGUGGUUCUCAAAACUCAUCGUGUUAUGCCUUGGAAAUUUGAAUUUAUCAAUGAGGUCUACAAUAUUCUGGCCUUGGCCCACGCCGAUGGUUAUACUCUAAUGGAUGACAUUUUGGAAACAUAUGGCAAGGAACGUCUACUAAGGCUAUUGCGCAUGCCCACAGACAAAUAUAAGGAUAUUGUGCAAUUUGUAUUCGGCGAUAAGUCAACGUAUCGGGAACCGGAUGCCGUAGACUAUAGUCUGGUGGCGUAUAAGAAAUUUCUACCCCGCCUUGAAAAACGCAUGAUAUUUGCUCGAUACUCCAUUGAGAAAUGUUAUUUGUUGCACGAAAUUGCCCGGGCCCAUUUGAAGCAAAGUCAUUUUGAUGAAUGCUGUUCCUGGGCACGCAAAGCCAUUGAGGAAUCGAAAAUCUGCAAUAGCAUAAUAUGGCAUUUUGUAAGCAUUAUGCUGAUUGUUAAAGCCCAUGCUGCCCUACACAAAAUCGAACGUGGCAAAGAAGCCUUGGAGGAAGCCUUGUCUGUAGCCCAAAAGCUUCAAAAUCCCUUGCUAUGUUCCUUUGUUGAAUUCUGUCUGGCCAUAAAUGAGGAGGAAAUUGCCCUAAAGAAACGCUCGCAGUCUUUGGAAUCGGUUCGUAAACGUCGCAGUCGAGUCUCGUUGGGAAGUCGCUAUUCAAUGCAAUCCAAAAAUAGCACCGAAGAUAAUGCACCCUCAUCAUCGGUGCUGGGAGCUGGGGCAUCCGAUGGAGGUGGUGAUGGAAUGUAAAUUCAUAAAAAUUUUGA